UCCGGGGUCUUUUCCGUAUUUUCGAAGGAAAAAAAAUUGCAACAACGGGCAAGAGAAUUUGAAAUGGGGGGCACAGCUUUCGACGUGAGCAUGGGGAAGAAGUGAGUGCCGCCGUACUGUCAGAGAGAUCUCUCAUCUCUUCCUCUGAGGCUGAGAUCCCAAACUUCAGCCAGACGAAGACCCAGAAGAAGAUGGGAAACAAGAACGCUCCUCCUUCAACCAUACAGCCCCUUCUCCUCCUCCUGCUCAUCCUGUGUUCUGUCACGCCCUUCUCCGUCGCCGGAGCAGGCCGCGGACGGAGGCAGCUUGGUUUCUUCUACACGCGGACCCGAGGGAGGUGCACUCCCCAGUACUGGAGCGGCAUCAGGGAGCACUGGCCCAGGAUGGUCCCGCCCGCAUCGACCGUGUGGAAGGCGUUCGGGUCGAGGGCGGUGGAGCUGCGCUACGGAUCUGGCCUGACCCUGCUGGAAUCGACGGUAGGUGACAGCGGGGAAGGGGACUCAUUCCGGAGGCUGCUGAAGCAGGGGACCGCUGCACUGCUCAACUCCUACGGUCGGAAGGGGUACCCCUACAGGGCUUGGGAGGUGAAGAGUCUAGUCAUACAGGCCACCGUGUCGGCGGAGGCCGCUGCCGCUCAAGCUCGGGUUUUUGCCGCUGCCAAUGAAGCCUGUGAUUAGCAGGCCUCCGUCCCUCCGUGUGUUAUGGUUGCUAAAGAUCAUUAGCGAGAAAAAUCUUUUAGUGUCUUUAGAAAUCUUUAGGCCUUUUGAAAUGUAACUCCCAUUUCAGUUGUGUAUGUAUGGAAAUGGAACCAGUUUGGUUCUCUCUGUUCUCUCUCUCUCUGGACUUGUUAUCCAUUUUGAUGUAAAUACUGGAAAUGUUUUCCGGAAA